AUGGAAACAGGGACAUCAACUUCAACAACAAUUACUAUGGCUAAUAUACAGACACUAGAACAAGAAGUAGUAAGGAAAGAUUUUUUAAUCAACAAACUUACUUCAGAAGUAAAUUAUUUAAAUUUAAGUAAAGAGACAUUUAAUGGUCGUCCUAAAAUGUUAGCAUUUUAUACUGGCCUAGAAAGUAUGGAUCUUUUUUUAUUAAUUUUAGAGGAAAUUAAACCUGCACUAACUUCUAGUAACCAAAGGUUAACUGAAUUUCAAAAAUUAUUGUUAUGUCUUAUGAAAUUAAGGUUAAACAUGCCAUUUGUUGAUUUAGGCUAUAGGUUUAAUAUAACUUGUGGUUCUGCUUCAAUUAUUUUUCGUAAGGUUAUAUUUCUUUUAGAACAUGCAUUUAAAAAACUAAUUUACUGGCCUGACAGGGAAGCAUUACGUUAUCUAAUGCCACGUUCAUUUUUUAAUGCUUUUGGUAACUCAGUUGCGGUUAUUAUCGAUUGCUUUGAAAUCGGAAUUGAAAAACCUAGUAAUUUAAGAGCUAAAGCACAAACUUGGUCUUCUUAUAAAAACAAAAAUACUGUUAAGUACUUGAUUGCUAUUACACCUCAAGGGGUAGUAUUAUUUAUAUCUGACGGAUGGGGUGGUAGGGUAAGUGACAAACAUAUAACCGAAAACUGUAUGUUUUUAAAAAAUUUAUUGCCAGGGGAUGUAGUACUUGCAGAUAGGGGAUUCACUGUAAGUGAGAGUAUAGGUUUUCAUUUUGCUACUUUGAAAACACCUGCCUUUACAAGGGGUCUUCCUCAAUUACACCCAUGUUCUAUUGAAGAAACACGGAAAAUAGCAUCUGUUAGAAUACAUGUAGAGCGUAUAAUAGGACUCACUAGAUCUAAGUAUAAAAUUCUUAAUGGCCCAGUGCAAAUUACAACUCUCAAACACCAAGAUGACAACUCAUGUUUAUUAGAUUCAAUAGUUACAGUUUGUUGUGCUCUUAUUAACAUGUGCAGUUCUAUUGUACCAUUAGAUUAA